CCUCCGCCUCUGCCCGGCCAGACACCCACAUAGACCCCGCCGACUCCCGGGACACACAGGAGGGGGAGAGAUUAGCUGGGACACGACGAGAGGGUGAAAAUAGCCUGAACAUUUGCUGGGAGAAAAAUUGCCGGUCGCAUUGCAGCAUCUCACAUAUUCUCCCGUUUUUUUUUUUUUGUUUUUAUCCCCAUUAAUCGCUGCCUAUAGAAAAAAACAAACUUUAUACUCAAUGGAAAGAUGUAAAAAUCAGUCCGGAUACUAAACUUGGACACAAACUGCGCCCUUCUCAGCACAAACAGCGGGCUGGGCACCCUCAACAGGACCGUUAGGUUUUUAGCUAGCUAGGUGGGACCCGGACCACUUUGUGGAAAAAGACCAAAUAAAAGACACCAGAAAGCCGCAUUUUUCGCCUCAGUUCGGAGGGAAAACACCAAAGAUGCUGUCAGAGCUGAGUGAGUGGUUCUGGCAGGAGCGGCUGUGGUUUCCGGAGGGCCUGGGCUGGGCUGACCUGGAGGAUCGGGAUGGACGAGUAUACGCCAAAGCCCGCGACCUGUGGGUCGCGCUGCCAAUGGCCCUCGUAUUCCUCAUUAUUCGUCAAAUCUUUGAGAGGACAGUGGCUACACCCCUGGCCUCUCUACUCGGGGUGAAAGAGACAGUACGGCUCAAAGCCCCUCAUAACCCCACACUGGAGUCCUACUACUGUAAUAUUACCAAACACCCCAAACAGAGUUCAAUAGCAAGUCUUUGCAAGCAGACUGGUUAUUCAGAAAGACAAGUGCAGCGAUGGUUCAGGAGACGGAGGAACCAGGACAGACCGAGUUUGCUCAAAAAAUUUCGAGAAGCCAGUUGGAGAUUUACCUUUUACCUUCUUGCUUUCAUUGCUGGCCUGGCCGCCCUCAUUGAUAAACCUUGGCUGUAUGACCUGAAGGAGAUGUGGCAAGGCUUCCCUGUGCUGACUCUCCUGCCAUCUCAGUAUUGGUACUACAUGAUUGAGCUGGGUUUCUACAGCUCUCUGCUCUUCAGUGUGGCUUCUGAUGUCAAACGCAAAGACUUCAAGGAACAGAUUGUCCACCAUGUAGCAACCAUCCUUCUCAUAAGCUUCUCAUGGUGUGUUAACUACAUCCGUGCUGGAACUCUCAUCAUGCUAGUCCACGACUCCUCCGAUUACCUCCUUGAGUCUGCAAAGAUGUUCAACUAUGCUGGGUGGCGAAAUGCCUGUAACUACAUCUUCAUUGUAUUUGCUGCGAUCUUCAUCGUCACUCGUUUGGUCAUCUUCCCCUUCUGGAUUAUUUACUGUACGUGGGUUUACCCAGUGACCAUCUAUGAACCCUUCUUUGGCUACUACUUCUUCAACGGCCUUUUGAUGAUUCUGCAGUGUCUACAUAUCUUCUGGGCUGUCCUCAUCAUACGCAUAGCAAUCCGCUUCCUCACCAACAAUGAAAAAGUGGACGAUGAAAGGAGUGACAAAGAUGAGACAGAUGAAUCAGAAGAAGAUGAGGAAGGGGAGACAGAAGAUAAGAAAGACAUGAAGAAAAAUGGACCAGUGCAGAAUGGUCACACAGUCCACAACAACAACCACAGCAAGACAGAGUGAAAACAAACAAGUGUCAGGAAGUAGGAAUGUGAGAAGGACUCAUAUCCCUCAGCAGGGGAGCAGGAGGGAGGGAUGAAAAGAGAGAGCAAGAAGAAGGCAAAGUGGGGGCAAAUCAUUCCCUAAAACCAAGAACAGCAGGUAUCCUGAGGAAAUUUGACACUGUUACUUUUGCACGACACAAAAACACACUCACACACGUUCAUUCGUACUUUUAGAGGGCACAGAGAUCCAGCAGAUGAUAUACACUACAUUAAGUGGCAGGGCUUUUUUGCUUUGUCAUUAGAGAAAAAUGUAUUGAUUGUCGGUAUGAGAUGUCAGUUCCAAAACUUCAAAGAGACAGGGGAGAAAAUGGAGAGGAGCAAAGUGUGGAGAGGACGCAGGAGUGGGUGACGCUGCUUCUACUUUAGCUUUCUUGUUCUAACUGUGUGCCUUAGAGCCAGCUAUUUGCUGUUAAAAUGCCAAUUUCUAGCUUAUAUGCUUUAAUCUUGUGUUGCUUUAUAUCGUUGUACCUUUUUUGUUUUGUACUAAAAGAGCAAAGGAGUGAACGUUUUAUGAAAGUGAAACAAUAGGGCAUUUAUUUCCCUAAUUUUUCUGUCUAUGCAAUUACGUUUUUGUUCAGCUAUUGCAACGUCUUUGCACAAACAUACAGUGUCUCUUAUAUAAUGUAAGAAUUUGCAGUAGGACCGUGUGCCUCUGCUCUCCAAUGCGGCCUGUGCUACCUAUAUAGUAGUCUGCCUUGUAAGGUUUAAAGAGUAUAAUAUGUAGUUUAAAUUUUUUAGAUAAACAGCAAGAAAAAUUACUUUCUUAUUUGAAUUCCAGUUUAGUUUUUAAUCCAGCAAAUGUCCAAUUCCCUCUUCCAAAAGAAGUGUCUGACCUACAAAGGUGAUCAUUCUCAGUUCUCUGCUGUUUGAGCAGUCAUUAAUACCCAGAAAUGAGUGUUACAGGGGGAAUCGCAGCUUCCUGCUAGUUUUGGCUGAAGCAGUUUGAUCCAGUUGAAUGUUGAAUCACACUGAUGAUGUCACCCAAUGAAACCCCAUAAAAACAUUGCGAAGGUGGGUUGCUCUGUUGAAAUGAAGGAGUUUUACUAAGCUGAAUGGAACUGGACAGAUUAACUAUUUCCAAAUUUUACAAACAUUGGCCAGAUUUCAUCAGUUCACUGCCAAGGAGCCUGGGUUAUAUUUAAUAACCUUGGUGACAGUUUAAGUGUUGAUCUAAGUGAAUGAUUUUAGGUAUGAUUCUGUGUAUGAAACGGGUUUACAGAUAUGUUCUUUGAUUUUAAAAAAAAUUUUUUUUUAAGAAAUCUGGUUUUUGGAGAUCCAUGUUUCAGUUUUGAGAUUUAUGGGGAAUUAAUGAAAUAAUAAGUGUUGCAGUUUUGUUGAUAAGCUUUAAAGUGUUUUUGUAUGUCAAGUGCCUUAUCUGUAAUGAAUGGAAAGCUCUCUCCUGUCCUCAUGUCCUCUCCUUUUCUUUCCUGUCUCCACUUCACAUCACAGAUUCAGCUCGUAAGACUAGAACAUCCUCCCUCCCCACCGCCUCAUUCAUCAAUCAGUUUUUCUCCUCUUCUUUAUAAAUUACCCUCCUUUCAAACUCACCCUCAUUCCUCCACAUUUUUUUUUUUUUACUAACCAAGACCAACCAGCAACCUCUCUUCCUUGGUGAUACAGAAGAAACAGCUGUGUCCUAAUUACAGUGUUAUUUUUUUCUUAUUUUGUAUUUUUUUUUUGUUUUGUUUUGUUUAAUGAUGCCUAAGUAUUGUUAUUAAUAAUAAAAGCAAAGAUCAUGAAUCACAGUGACAACCAUGUUAAG